UUAAUCAAAAAUUAGCAAAUAUAUUUUUAAAUUGCAGAAAGUGUGAAAACUGCAGAAAAUAAAAUAAAAUGCUGAGGAUACGGGUCGCUGUUUUGUUUUUUGCUCUGGUCUCACAAUCUACCAGUAGUAGACAUAAGAGACAAGAAGAUGACGGACCCACACAAGAUCCUAUUUCUGCUGCGCUUGGUCUUCCCUCAGACUCAGAUUCUAUCAGGAACAAUAUAGUGGACGAGUUUACCUGUGAAGGACGAACCUACGGUUACUAUGCUGAUGUAGCGAACGAAUGCCAGAUAUUCCAUAUCUGCUACCCAGUCCAGUAUCCUGAUGGUCAGGAGGAGAUGUUCAAGUGGAGCUUCAUCUGCCCAAACCAAACCGUCUUCGAUCAGGCUUCCCUCGUCUGUUCCUUCCCCCUUGACGCUCUACCCUGUGAGGAGGCUCCCAACUUCUUCGAGGGGCCGGAGUCCAUUAACGCGAGGUUCGGGGAGGUCAUUGAAGACACCAAAUAGGAGGUGACUAUGAUUUCUCCGGUAUCUCUGACCACGUCCUAUCCUGAGAUCUCCCGAACCCUGCUCAGGGUACCCCUGAAUACUGAGACCGGCAGGACGGAAACAACGAUCUGCAAAUCUUCCUUUUUUUCAUCCUGUCGGCCUAGAAACACAAAGCAUUAGACAGCCAACCUUUAUCUAGUCAUUUAAGUUUUAUCAUUAUCUCAUUGAUUGUGCCAAUAUGUAUAAUUUAAUAAAUAUUUUUAAUAAAUAUAGGAUGCCUUAAAAUAAAAA